CUCCAAUGGGACGAUCCGAAGAUUGUCUGAAAACUAUGUACAAUUUGUAGGUAAUUGCGGAGCGUUAAGUCAGUUGGCAUGUUUGAAACUGCGUAGAUUGGUAUCCGCAAAAUCCGAUGGAAGUGAAACAUAAAACUAAAACUUUGAAGAACUUAAAUGUUCAAGUGAAGACAACUGAGAUGGCAAGACCUAUAGUGGAUUUAUUUCACUCGAUGGUGACACAGGACAAUUUUUCAGAAGCUAUUGAUUUUGUUGCAGGAUGUUAUUAUCAGGUCCCAGAUUUUUCAGUACUAAGAAGUAUCAUAUUUAAAAUCAUGUGGGAAAACUGUGAUGAGAAAUUGGCUUUAGAUGCAAAAACAUAUUUAUUAAAUGUUUUCAAAAUAUAUCCACCUGUUAAUUCACAAAGCAGAACAUAUUAUCUCAAUGCUCUUCAAGCCAAACGGGGUGUCCUAUCAGAGUUGUGGGUAGUGUUCUCCCAUCUUAUAAAUUCCUGUUUCCAUCAUUAUGGAGUUGAAGCAAAGACAGAAGCAGACCAUGACAUUCCAUUUGUGAAAUUCCCUAGCUGCAGUUUCUUACUGGAUUAUUAUAUCCAGUUGUUUAUUAAAGAUUAUGAUUGUUUUUCCUCUGAAAGAGAUGUGUAUGCCCAAGAUAAGAAGUGCCUGGUUAUGCACCUUCUUGGCUUAUUCCCUGUACGUGCAAAUAAUCCUAAUUUUAGACAGAUUCUAAGAUGGAUUAAUGAUGUAUAUAAAGAUAAAGCAUUUUCGAUGAGGGUAAAGUUUGUUACAUCAUUUUUUCUUGAAAUUUUAUAUUUAUUUAUUAUUUGUGUCUCUCUGCUUGCUAAUUUUUCCUUAUGUAUUUUAUGAAAUUAUUUUUUGUAA